CCGCCUGGGCUGCGCUGGGCUGGGUUGCGCUGGGCUGGGCUCCGCUCCGCUCCCCGCCCGGCUGAGGACGUGGCCGCUGGGCCACCUGCGCCGGCACUCGGGCGGAGGCUCGCCGAGGUGAGACAGCCGCGUCCUCAUCGCCUGCUUCGGCGGGGGAACCGGCCCGGCCGCGCCGAGCCGCGGGGCAGCGUGUGGAGCCGGCGCCGCAGCCGCCUUCAGUGAGAAGAAAAAUGACCUAAGCACCAUCCAGCCUUUGUGGCCAAGGGCAGGAGCAGGGGUGGGGCUGCCAGGAGGAUGGCUUUGCCUGGAAACUUACGGAGGCAGCCUGCAAACAGAGGCCUUGUGUCCCAUUGCACCCACCAUCACAUUGUUGUGUUCCUGCUGACCUUCUUCAGCUAUUCCCUGCUCCAUGCUUCCAGAAAGACAUUCAGUAAUGUCAAAGUCAGCAUUUCCAGCCAAUGGACUCCCACCUGCCUAAACAGCACAGCCCCUGAUCUCCGGCCAUAUGAGCUCUGGAACAGCAGCCAUUUAUUUCCAAAUGCAGAAGAAGCAACUCUUUUCUUGGGGACGUUGGACACUAUCUUUUUGUUUUCUUAUGCUGUGGGUCUCUUUGUCAGUGGCAUAGUUGGGGAUCGCCUGAAUUUACGCUGGGUUUUGUCUUUCGGCAUGUGUUCCUCUGCUCUGGUGGUAUUCUUCUUUGGCACAGUCACAGAAUGGUUGCAUUUCUACAACAAGUGGUUCUACUGCUGUCUCUGGGUUGUGAAUGGCUUGUUACAGUCCACUGGUUGGCCCUGUGUGGUUGCUGUCAUGGGCAAUUGGUUUGGAAAAGCUGGGAGAGGUUUUGUGUUUGGACUCUGGAGUGCCUGUGCAUCCGUGGGAAAUAUCCUCGGGGCAUUCCUUGCCUCCUGUGUUCUCAAAUACGGCUAUGAGUAUGCUUUCUUGGUGACUGCCUCAGUACAGUUUGCUGGAGGAGUCAUUGUCUUCUUUGGGCUCCUGACAUCACCGAAGGAAGUGGGCCUCCCUGAGCUUGGAGCAGAUGAAGACGGCAGUGUGGAGGAAGAUGCCAACAGACCUUUAAUGAGCAAUGAUGAUGCAGAUGAUGAUGACCGGAAUUACUCUAUUCAAGCAACUGACACUGACAACCAGCCAAAGGCCAUUGGCUUUGUCCAGGCUUGUUGCCUUCCAGGUGUAGUACUGUACUCUUUGGCCUAUGCCUGCUUGAAACUGGUGAAUUACUCCUUCUUCUUCUGGCUGCCCUUCUACCUCAGCAACAACUUUAGAUGGAAAGAAGCAGAAGCUGACCAGCUCUCAAUCUGGUAUGAUGUGGGAGGAAUUAUAGGUGGGACUAUCCAGGGCUUGAUUUCUGAUAUGCUACAGAAGAGAGCCCCAGUGCUAGCAAUUAGCCUGCUCUUUGCUGUAGGCUCUCUUUUUGGAUACAGCCGUUCUCCAAACAGCAAACCUAUCAAUGCUGUGAUCAUGGCAAUUACAGGAUUUUUCAUCGGAGGCCCUUCUAACAUGAUCAGUUCUGCAAUUUCUGCUGACCUGGGGCGCCAGGAUCUGGUGAAAGGCAGCAGCGAGGCUCUGGCAACAGUCACAGGAAUUGUGGAUGGAACUGGCAGUAUUGGUGCUGCAGUGGGCCAGUAUCUAGUGUCCUUGAUCCAGGAGAACCUGGGAUGGAUGUGGGUUUUCUAUUUCUUUAUUCUAAUGACAAGUUCAACAAUCCUGUUCAUUUCACCAUUAAUAGUGAGGGAGAUCAAAUUGCUUCUGCAUGAGCGGUACCUGCGAAUGCUGGCCGAGUGACUUCUGCUUGCCUCUGGAAGGACUGUUGUAUGGACCUGACAGCUGGUACACUAAUCAAAACUCUGGGAGACUUGUUUCUUACAUUCUCCAGGUUUGGACUAAUUCAAAGUGUCUCUGCAAGACUUUUGACCUGCUCUUGUGAGCUCAAUAGUGAGGUACCAAAUACCCGUCCUGAGACCACCUGCGUCAUGGAGCUGCUGACCUAAGCUAGACAAUCGACAGGACUGGCGGGUUGUCCCAGCCUGCCAGACUCUUCCAUGUCAGCAGUCACACUAGGGUCUUCUGUUGGGUGGUCUCACUGCUAUACCCUUUCUUAUUUAUUUCUGGAUGUCCUGACCAAAGGUCGACUGUUUAAAACUGACGGUGAAGAGUCUGUCUUACAAUGAAUUUUGAUGCUCUGUUGUGCCGGUGAAAUCAUACUUACAUUUCGUGGGUAUUUUAAAUUUACAGUCACUUUCGCUUUUCAAAAGGGCAAAAAUAAUUAUUUGGAAUUUGCGCUGUCCAGUUGUUUAAAAAACACUGUUGCUAAAUCGCUGUACAGACAGACCUCUGCUAUCCUGAGCUUUCAAGUGUCACAUAUUCCAGUAGAUUCACAUGGAGAAGUUACCUCCAUAUUUGUUUUUAAGCAAUUUUUUAAUAAUAAUAAUAAUAAUAAUCUCUGUGAAAUGAGAUUUCAGUUUUUAACUAUUUAAGCAGACAAACAGUGUGCAAUACUUUACUGUGAUCUCCGAGAAUAAGCCUUAAUCGAUCCUUUGUGUCUAAAGGAUCCUUGAAUGGCUUUGGGGAUCAGUAACGGGACACAAAUACUUUCAUUACUGCUUUGUUGUUUGAACUCUGAUCAAUACUGACCAAAACAGGACUGUCAGGUGACACUCUAAAGCAAGCUGGCGUCACUGAUUUCGUACUCAUUGGGCAAUUGCUCAUCUCAAAGAGAACCAGAAGGGAAUUAAAGUAAUUUAAGGGACCUGGCUGCUCUUUCGCACAUGGGCUUCCAGACAGGGACUGAAAUGUCCUCCUGGAAUAGCAUCAAUGAGCAAAUGCUGCUGUCUUCCCCCAUGCUCUGCUGCCCCUAGGGGACCUCAAGCUCCAGGGUUUUAAAGCUUCAGUUGUAUUUUGAAGAGAAAGGUAGGUGCAAGUCAGCACUAAAAACACGUGACUGUACUUCAUAUGAUGGCAUUUGAGUAUUUUGCAAUACUACAUCAAGCAGGGCGACCGACUGACACCUCUGUUGGUGAUGCUAAUGGGAUCUUUGAGUAACUUCUCAACCAAUUGUUUUCUCCUUAUGUCACUGGAAUAGGUAUGUGUUAACCAGCAGAACUUCUGAUCAAACACUCAAUCUAACUAGUCAGCAAUGCCUGGGUGGGGGUGAGGGGCAGGAAGAUUCUUGGAGCUGAAAAUUUGAAACGUUUUAAAUGGGAAAAGUUGCCUUUUUAAAAUGUACAGUGAUUUUAUUUUUUUCUUAAAUAUAUGAAUGUCAAUUUUUAGUCAUGUGUUGAUUGUAAUGAGUGGAACAUUAUUAGUGCCUUACAGUUUUACUGUAUCGAAUGGUGGCUUGUUGAUUUGUUGCUCAUGCAGUGAUGGCUCUGUGCACAGCUUUGCUUACCAUGAAACUCAGUUGCUCCAUUUUCUGCUCUUUUUGAGAGCCCCCUGUUUCCCCUCUCCCCCCCCCCCCCUUUCCCCCCACCUUUUCCCCCCACAAAAAAUUUCAGUGCUUGGGAAAACAAUGCCAUUAAGCUGAUGAGGGACCUGAAUCUGUUCUUGUCUCUUCUCAUUCCCCUUCUAAUUUUUGCCUGUAUAAUUAGAGCAGGAGACUGAGAAUCUAUCAUCCUGUUCUCAGAAUUAUGCCCUGGGGUUAGUGUUCACAUCCCAAGCUACUCAUUAGCCCCUGUACAAAUAGAAUCAAAACUCCCUGAAAUUUAGUUCUAAAAUUGAUGGUGGCACCAUUUGCCCCAGCCACGGCGUCUGAGAAUCUGUGGUUUCAAAUUCCAUCCUGGAUGGGCUUUUUGACCAGUCAUCAUGGGUGCUAGAUAAGCUUGUGAUGAAAGGUGGGGUUGGGAGAGGGAUGUCGCCGGGCCGGGGGGGGGGGAGGAGAGGCAGGCCCCUGUAACAAAUGGUUUCCUGUAAACAGUUCUGUCCCCUCUCGAGAAGUGUCAGAUGUGUUGUGAGCGCUGGGAACACAAGCUGCCCAGCAGCUUGUGUCCAAGUGUGUGGCGCUGCUUUGAGGCCACCUUCAAUUAGUGAGGCGUGCCUAUGACUUCAGGAUUGUGGUGGUGGUGUUGUCAUCCUGGAUUUUUGGUUCUCUGUAUUUUCUCAAGGUGCUCAGAUGAAGAAAGGUUUUCAAUCUGAUCAUGUCUAAACUGAUCUCACAUGAAUAAACUUGAUUUUAUUUGACCUGG